GUAUCGCUCCCCCCCCCUCCCCCGCCAAGCUGCACAGGUUCUAGGUUCAGAUACCCCUUGACAUAACUUUUGAGCUAUCUGGAAAAAUACUGGCCAGGAAAAAUGAUACAAUUUUUCCUCAUGGUGAAUAAACAAGGGCAGACCCGACUUUCUAAAUACUAUGAACAUGUGGAGAUUAAUAAGCGUACACUUCUAGAAACGGAAGUCAUAAGGAGCUGUCUCUCCCGAUCCAAUGAGCAAUGCUCUUUCAUUGAAUUUAAGGAUUUUAAGCUGAUAUAUCGACAGUAUGCAACUCUCUUCAUUGUGGUUGGAGUUAAUGACACUGAGAACGAGAUGACAACUUAUGAAUUCAUCCAUAACUUUGUGGAAGUUUUAGAUGAGUACUUCAGCCGCGUGAGUGAAUUAGAUAUAAUGUUUAAUUUGGAUAAAGUACACAUUAUUUUGGAUGAGAUGGUGUUGAAUGGCUGCAUUGAGGAAACGAAUCGGGCAAGAAUUCUUGCCCCUCUACUCAUUCUUGAUAAAAUGUCAGAAAGCUGAAUAAUGGAAGUCUCUGCCAGGCAACAUCAACUUGUGGAAGUGAGAAUGCCAUGGAAUACCUCUUUACAUCUGUAGCCCAAAAAGUCUGCAAGAC